GUCCGCUAGACGACGGGCAUCAAUCAGAGAGCUUUGACUUAGCUUAUUGUACCCCCUAUAAAAGGGGUGGCACCCCUCAUUGUAAUGGACCCGAAUUUGAAAUCAAUAUACUCCUACUUUGCAUUCUCUCUCUCUAAAAAUUAUAUUAUUUCAUACUCUCGGUUGUUUAUAGCCAUCAAAUUGGUGCUCUCGUUGAGAGGAGAGGAACAUACUCGUAGGUUAACUCCCGAACGCGAGAAUGGUGCAAACAAGGAGCAACGUCCCCACCACCAGCCACGUAGUUGGCGAGGAGAACGCGUCGGGCAGCGGCAACGGCACGGGAGGUAUCGGUUCGACUCCGGACGCAGUCCAGGCGCUGUUCGGCUUGGGGGUGACCGCGGAGCAGCUCCCGGCGGCCGUUGCGGCACUUUCCGCCUUGGGUGGGAACGUGCCCGGCGCCGGGGCUGGUAAAGCUCCGCUUGGCUCCCACGCCGAACACCCUGCCACUUCCCAACACAAAGGGAAGAAGACCCGGAGGAGCAGAAGGAGGGCCGGCAAGGCCCCGGCGAUCGAGGAGGUGAUUGUGGAGGACGUUCCGGAGGAGGAGGACGAUGAGUCCAGCGAGUGCCGAGUGUCAGCCUUCAGACGCUUAGGAGGGGAAGAGACCCGUGUCGGCCUUCGAUAGGCUCGACCGCGGACCGGAAGUUCGCCCGGGCGACCUCUGCCGACAAAUAACCGAAGGCAGGCGGAGGUAUGCUGAGGAGUCCGCGACAUCGGAUGCUCGCUCGGCGAGGCCCAAGCGGAGCAGAGAAAGGCGGGACGAGCGCACCCAGCGUCGCCAUAGUCCAAAAAAACUGAGAAGACAAAG